AUGCCGCCGGAGCCAGGCGACGCCCUGAGAGCCGCGCCGCGGCCGCUUAGCCCCGGACAAAGCGCGGCGGGCGAGGGCGGCAGCAGGUGCCCGUUCCUCCGCCGCGGCCGCGCCGAGCGCCCUGCGCAGCCGCCGCCGCAGCGCGCACCCGCCCCGCCCCCGCGGCCCCGCGGCGGAGCGCCCGCAGAGGCGGGGGCGGCCCGGGGGCGGGGCGGCGGCGCAGAGCGAGCCCGCAGCCCCGCCGGGUCCCGCGGCGCCUGCAGGCUCCGUGCGGAGCGGCCCCGGCGCGCACCCGCCCCGCGCUCGCCUGCGGAGGAGCCCAGACGCCUGGCAGCCUCAAGACUCAGAGAAAGAGCUCUCAGGAUGCCGGAGCCAGCAAAGUCCACCUCUGCCCCCAAAAAGGGUUCCAAGAAAGCCGUGACAAAGACCCAGAAGAAGGGUGACAAGAAGCGACACAAGAGCAGGAAAGAAAGCUACUCCAUCUAUGUCUACAAGGUGCUGAAGCAGGUCCAUCCUGACACUGGCAUCUCCUCCAAGGCCAUGGGCAUCAUGAACUCCUUCGUCAAUGACAUCUUUGAGCGCAUCGCUGGAGAAGCUUCCCGCCUGGCUCAUUACAACAAGCGCUCCACCAUCACCUCCCGGGAAAUUCAGACUGCUGUGCGUCUGCUGCUUCCAGGAGAGCUGGCCAAGCACGCUGUCUCGGAGGGCACCAAGGCCGUCACCAAGUAUACGAGCUCCAAGUAGCCAGACCCCACCUCUUCAACAGGACCAUCAAGCACCGGAACCUCCGCACAAGCACAGGUAGGCAGCCAUGGUCUGGAUAAACAUCAGAGCUAUUAUCCACAGCAAUUUACAGCCUUGGUACGGGCAUGAGAAGUUGUCAGGUGGAAGAGGAGAUGGUGAUCUGGAUGUCAGCUGAUUUUCAUAGUUGGUUCGGGACGUGCAACGAGUUCUGGGGGGCUGAUGGAGGCAGCCUCUGCUUUCACAUCUCAUCCAAAGGACUGACCAACUGCAGUAUAUCCAAACUCUCCUCUAUGCUUGGCAAACGUGCAUGUUUUGUGCUGUUGAGGGAGACCGGCAGUGGCAACACAGGAUUGCCAUCUCUGAAGUCUUCCUGUUUGGCUGCUUUCUCACAGUCAUCUGAGACGGGCACCGAGAAGGCAGCCCUGGUAUCCUCUCCCUUGCAACCUGGAUCUGUCCUGGUGUAUAGCAGCAUAGCCCAUCCUGUGCUGGCAGAAGUGUCAUCAAUAGCCACCAGACGUGGGCUAUCGAAUAAAGUCCAUAUUGAUUCAACA